UGCCUAACAUCCCUUGGACCCAAUCUCAAAUCCAGAAAAAAAAUGAUGUUUUUUUGGAGCCAUCAUUCUCUUGUUUCCAUCAUAGUAAUACUAGCUGUGAUAUUCUUCAUCUCUGGUCUUCUCACCUUGCUGGUUAGGUUUGUCAUGAAACACACUUCUUCUUCUUCUUCUUCAUCCCUUUCUUCCCUAUCUAACAGAAGCCCAGAAAUUCCCAAUUCUGGCUCUUUUCAAAGACUACAUCUACAGCACCUCUUUCAGCUCCAUGAUUCAGGUCUAGAUCAAGCCUUGAUUGAUUGCCUCCCUGUGUUUUGUUACAAGGACAUCAUGGGUUCGGAGCAGCCGUUUGAUUGUGCUGUCUGUCUCUGUGAAUUCUCAGACCAUGAUAGAUUAAGGUUGUUGCCUUUCUGCACCCAUGCUUUCCACAUUGAUUGUAUUGACACAUGGUUGCUGUCAAGUACAACUUGCCCCCUUUGCAGAGGCAAUCUUUUAACACCUGAUGGGGUUUGCAUUGGAGCCCAAAACCCAGGGUUUUGUUUGGAUGGGUCCAGAGAGGGAGAUGGAGUUUUCAGUGCAUCAGAAAAUGACUCCACUGCCCCUUCUGUUGCCGGUGAAAAGAGGGUGUUUUCAGUGAGGCUUGGCAAGUUCAGGGGCACAAGUGGAACAAAUAAUAUUGAAAAUCAAGAUGUGGAAUUAGGGGAGACAAGUGAUGAAGGGAAUUUGGGUUCAAGAAGGUGUUAUUCAAUGGGUUAUUAUCAGUAUGUGGUUUCUGAUUCAGAUCUACAAGUGGGCUUGAGUGAUGGGUUGGAUGGUGGAGGGCAGAAUGGGAAUUUUACAGGUGAGGAUGAUGGUGGUGAGAAGAUUAAGAUGAGAAGUUAUAAAGGGGAAAGCUUUUCUGUCUCCAAGAUUUGGAUGUGGUCCAAGAAAGACAAAUUUCCCACUUAUGGUUAUGGAGAUAACCAUUUUCUAGGGCAUAGUGGGUGGUAA